GUAUAAUGUACAAAUAUAUCUAUCACCCCCUUCGUCACAAAGGAGGUCGAGAUGGGAGGGGACGGAAGAGGGAUUCUAGGGUUCCGGCGGUCCGCCGCCGUCGUCGCCGCGGCGGUGGCGGUGCAUCUGAUAGCGGCGGCGGCCUCCGCGGCGGCGUUUUUUGAGCCCUUCAACGUGAGCUACGACCACCGCGCGCUCCUCGUCGGCGGCGAGCGCCGGAUGCUCAUCGCCGCCGGAAUCCACUACCCCCGUGCCACCCCCGAUAUGUGGCCUGGUUUGAUAGCCAAGAGUAAGGAGGGAGGGGCAGAUGUUAUACAAACAUAUGUUUUUUGGAACGGGCAUGAACCAAUCAGAGGUCAGUAUAAUUUUGAAGGAAGAUACGAUCUUGUGAAGUUUGUGAAGUUGGUUGCCGAGCAAGGGCUAUAUCUCCAUCUUCGUAUUGGUCCAUAUGUUUGUGCUGAAUGGAACUUCGGGGGUUUGCCAGUUUGGUUACGUGAUAUUCCUGGUAUAGAAUUUCGAACGGACAAUGCACCAUUCAAGGAUGAGAUGCAGAGGUUUGUCAAGAAGGUUGUAGAUAUGAUGAAACAAGAGAUGCUUUUUUCAUGGCAAGGCGGUCCAAUCAUACUAGUGCAGAUUGAGAAUGAAUAUGGAAACAUUGAAGGUCAGUAUGGACAAGGUGGAAAAGCAUACGUUAAAUGGGCUGCUGAGAUGGCGAUUGGGCUCAGUGCUGGUGUCCCAUGGGUCAUGUGCAAACAAACUGAUGCUCCAGAAAAUAUUAUUGAUGCGUGCAAUGGAUUUUAUUGCGACGGUUUUAAGCCGAAUAAUUAUAGAAAGCCAGUUCUGUGGACUGAGGAUUGGAAUGGAUGGUAUGCCUCCUGGGGUGGAAGGCUACCUCAUAGACCUGUUAGAGACAAUGCUUUUGCUGUUGCUCGCUUCUUCCAACGCGGGGGAUGUUUUCAAAAUUAUUACAUGUUUUUUGGUGGGACAAAUUUUGGCCGUACUUCUGGAGGCCCCAACCAGAUAACAAGUUAUGAAUAUGAUGCCCCAAUUGAUGAGUACGGUCUCUUAUCACAGCCUAAGUGGGGACAUUUAAAGGAUCUGCAUGCAGCUAUUAAACUCUGUGAACCUGCACUUACUGUUGUUGAUAGUGGGCCACAGUAUGUCAAAUUGGGAUCAAUGCAAGAGGCACAUAUAUAUGCUAAUGAGCAAGUUGAUCCAAAUAGAAGUGUUUCUGGAAAUGUGAGCAUUUGCUCAGCUUUUCUUGCAAAUAUCGAUGAGCACAAAUCAGUUUCAGUCAGAAUUUUUGGGAAAAAUUUUGAUCUACCACCAUGGUCUGUGAGCAUAUUGCCUGAUUGUCAAAACGUGGCUUUCAACACUGCCAAGGUAGGAACACAGCUUUCAAUAAAAACAGUAGAAUCUGGAUCUCCCAGUUAUUCAACUGCAUCGGCACCUGGGUUUUUACUACUAGAUGGGAAAGACUUGCAUAUUUCAAAGACGUGGUCAAUUCUGAAAGAACCAAUUGGUGCAUGGGGCAAUAAUAGCUUUACUACUCAAGGCAUAUUGGAGCAUCUAAAUGUGACGAAGGACGUAUCUGACUACCUAUGGUACAUUACCAGAGUAAAUAUUUCUGAUGAGGAUGUUGCAUUUUGGGAUGAAAAAGGUGCUUCACCGUUCAUUACGAUAAACAAAACGCGUGAUGUGGUUCGCAUUUUUGUAAAUGGGCACCUUUCAGGUAGUAAGGUUGGUCACUGGGUGUCGGUGGAGCAGCCUGUUCAAUUAGUUGAGGGAUACAACGAAUUAGCUAUUUUAACGGAGACAGUGGGAUUGCAGAACUAUGGUGCAUUCCUUGAGAAGGAUGGGGCUGGAAUUAGAGGACAAAUAAAACUAACUGGCCUGAAAGAUGGGGAACUUGACCUCUCUAACUUUCUUUGGACAUAUCAGGUAGGGUUGAUGGGGGAGUAUUCUAAGCUCUAUGAUCCCAAGGAACAAGAAAAUGUAGGUUGGACUGACUUGCAGGUUGAUAAUAUAUCAUCCGGCUUUACCUGGUACAAGACUUUAUUUGAUGCCCCCGAAGGAAAUGACCCAGUUGCUCUUGACCUGGGGAGCAUGGGCAAGGGUCAGGCUUGGGUCAAUGGUCAUGGAAUUGGACGUUAUUGGUCACUCAUAGCCCCUCAAUCUGGAUGCUCUGAAUCUUGCGAUUAUCGUGGAGCUUAUAAUGAAAACAAGUGCACAACAAACUGUGGACUACCUACUCAAAGCUGGUACCAUAUCCCAAGAGAAUGGUUGCAAGACUUCGACAACCUCCUCGUGCUCUUUGAGGAAACUGGUGGUGACCCGUUGAAGAUAUCAUUAAAGACACACUCAACAAAAACAAUAUGUGCCGAAGUGGCGGAGAAUCACUAUCCUCCUCUCUCUGCCUGGUCACAUCCAGAUGUUAUUAAUGGAAUUAUCUCAAUUAAUAAAGUAGCUCCUGAGGUACACUUACGGUGCGACGAGGGACACGUGAUUUCGAGCAUAACAUUUGCAAGCUACGGGACUCCUAAUGGCAGCUGCCAGAAGUUCUCUCGAGGCAAUUGUCAUGCACCAAGUUCAUUAUCUGUGGUAACGAAGGCAUGUCAGGGGAGAAAUAAUUGCAGGAUCGGUGUUUCGAACGAUAUCUUCGGUGAUCCAUGUCGAGGUACUCUCAAGACUUUAGCAGUCGAAGCAGAGUGUUUGUCACCGGAUUUUGCUACCGAAAAACUUCGAGAUGCCUUAUAGUCAAGGUGGCGCCGACAAAAGUCUUUUAAUAGAAAUCUUUUAACGUUGUCAUACGAUCGUGAAUAAUUUUUCACUUUCUUGGUUGUAUUCUUGAUUGUACAAAACGUAUAAUUACUGGUGGAUAUUCUGAUCUUCCAUGGAAAGUGUAUGUAAAUCUCAUCUAUUCCCUUCCGACUUUUAAUUGGAAAUUGAUGUGUUUUAUUCUCCUUUGUCCA